AUGGCAAUGUCGCACGUGCCAGCACAUAUUCGGCAAGCACACGGAGGGCACCCGACACGCGGACGUGGAUCGUCACGAGCAGGGAAAAAAGCACAGGGUUCGAUCAACGGGGGCACCAUCUCAGACCUGCAGAAGGCUGGCGUCACGACGCUCUUGCCUUUCGGGCUUUGCAAGUGA